AUGGAUAUGACUCCUCCGAGAAGAAAACUAUAUUAUCUGCUAACCUUCUCAUUAUUAUUGUUAUCAUUACGUCAUCAAGAUUACAACAUUGAAGCACAAAGUUCAGACAAAGUAGUAAAUCUUCCCGAACAACCAUCGAAUCCAGAGAUAUCUCACUUCUCAGGUUAUGUGAGCGUGAAUCAAGAAAAUACACGAUCACUCUUCUUCUGGUUCUUUGAAGCCUUGUCUGAAGCUCCUUCAACAAGACCUCUAGUUCUCUGGCUCAAUGGAGGUCCUGGAUGUUCAUCUAUUGGAUAUGGUGCAGCAUCUGAAUUAGAAGCGAAUAUGUUGUUUUUAGAAUCACCGGUUGGAGUAGGGUUUUCGUACACCAACUCAUCUUCCGAUUUCGACAACCUCAACGACAGCUUCGUUGCGGAAGAUGCAUACAACUUCAUGCUUGCUUGGCUUGCAAGGUAUCCUCAAUAUAAGUCUCGUGAUUUCUUCAUCGCUGGUGAAAGCUAUGCCGGUCACUACGCACCUCAGCUAGCGGAGCUUAUAUCCGAUCGAAACAAAGUUAAACCAAAGGACUCCUUCAUUAAUCUCAAAGGCUUCAUCGUAGGAAAUCCAUUAACGGACGACGAGUACGAUAACAAAGGGAUUCUAGAAUACGCAUGGAGCCACGCAGUGAUCUCCGACAAUCUCUACGACACCGCAAAACGUAACUGCGACUUCAAGUCUUCGAAUUGGUCGGAGCCCUGCAACGUCGCCAUGAACACACUGUUCCAAAAAUACAAAGAGAUUGAUAUUUAUAACAUUUAUGCUCCCAAGUGCACCACCAAUAGCUCAUCAGGAGCUUCCUUCUUAGGUGCCGGAGAUUAUAAGCCUCCGGCGAUCAAAGACUGGUUCAAGAGAGUGAGAUGGUGUGAAGGUUACGAUCCUUGUUACUCUGAUUACGCUGAAAAAUAUUUUAACAGAGCCGAUGUUCGAACGUCUCUUCAUGCCACUACACAAGGUGUAUCAAGAUGGAAAGUUUGCAAUGAAUCGAUAUUGCAAACGUACCAAUUCACGGUCUCCUCAAUGUUGCCUACCUAUAGUAAGCUCAUCAAAGCUGGUCUAAAGAUAUGGGUUUAUAGUGGUGACGCCGACGGGAGAGUGCCGGUGAUCGGAAGUCGGUACUGUGUUGAAGCUUUAGGCCUUGCCGUCAAAUCGGAGUGGCGUUCUUGGUUCCACAACCAUCAGGUGGGAGGGAGGAUAACGGAGUACGAUGGAGGGUUGACGUUUGUAACGGUGAGAGGAGCUGGACACUUGGUUCCUCUCAAUAAACCUGAAGAAUCUCUCGCGCUUUUCCGUUCCUUUCUCAACGGUCAAAAACUUCCAUCACGCCCUUAA